CAUGUCCGAGAAAUCAGAGCUGGAAUGGAACGCACCAUCCCAGUAGAGAAAAAAACUAGAUAACGUUCUUUCAGUCUUUCUGUCAUAGCUUAGUUGCUGUGCGUGUUUGUACUAUCAUCUCGCUCACCAUUUGAUGUGGCGCGCUUUAUACGCUUAAAUUCCACCCUCUUCAAUCAUUUUCUUUUCCAAUGGCUUCUUCUUUGCCUCUUUCUCAGCCUACUACUCACAGCUUCUUCUCUAAAACCCAGGUUCAAUUUCCCUCUUCUCGCUCUUCUCUUUCCUCCACUUCCAAUCUUGACAUUUUCAUCAAUUUUGGGUUUAAUCUAAAGCAGUUGAAAGGAUUUAACCAUGGCUCCCGGCGACCUAGCUUCUCAUUUUGCCGCGACAACGAAAACAAAAUUCGACCUAUCAAUGCUUUGGUUGAUACAGGCCCAUUCCCCUUGUUUCAACCUCCCAAAGUUGAAGAGUCGUCGUCUGAGUUGGAGCCAGCAGACCCUGAUUUCUACAAAAUAGGUUAUAUUCGAAGCAUGCGAGCUUAUGGAGUUGAGUUUAAGGAAGGGCCUGAUGGGUUUGGUGUGUAUGCUUCUAAAGAUGUAGAACCUCUUCGCCGAGCCAGGGUUAUAAUGGAAAUUCCUCUUGAAUUGAUGUUAACUGUGAGUCAGAAGCUCCCAUGGAUGUUCUUCCCUGAUAUAAUUCCAGUGGGACAUCCGAUAUUUGAUAUAAUCAACUCAACAAAUCCAGAGACAGAUUGGCACCUAAGACUAGCAUGCCUACUGUUAUAUGCAUUGGAUUGUCAGGACAACUUUUGGCAGUUGUAUGGUGACUUCUUACCCAGUGCUGAUGAAUGCACUAGCUUACUUCUGGCAACAGAGGCAGAACUUUUGGAGCUGCAGGAUCCCAAUCUUGCAUCUACCAUCAGGAAUCAGCAACGCCAAGCCUCACAAUUUUGGGAGAAGAAUUGGCACACUGGUGUUCCCCUUAAAAUAAAGCGUCUUGCUCGUGAUCCCCAGAGAUUCAUGUGGGCAGUGAGUAUAGUACAGUCACGAUGCAUUAAUAUGCAAAUGAGGAUCGGUGCACUACAUCAGGAUGCAAAUAUGCUGAUUCCUUAUGCUGACAUGCUGAACCAUUCAUUUGAGCCAAAUUGUUUUUUCCAUUGGCGCUUCAAGGACCAGAUGGUUGAGGUGCUUAUAAAUGCUGGACAGAGGAUUAGAAAGGGAGAUGAGAUGACCGUCGAUUACAUGAGCAGGCAAAAGAAUGACAUGUUUAUGCAAAGAUAUGGCUUUUCAUCAUCUGUGAACCCUUGGGAUGAGAUCAAAUUCUCUGGAGAUGCACGGAUACAUUUGGAUUCCUUCUUGUCCGUGUUCAAUAUAUCUGGCCUUCCUGAAGAGUAUUAUCAUAACACUCUUCUAUCUAAGGAGGGCGAUACGUUUGUUGAUGGAGCAGUCAUUGCUGCAGCACGGACGCUGCCAACUUGGUCAGAUGGGGAUAUACCUCCAAUCCCUAGUGUGGAACGGAAGGCUGUGAAGGAGUUACAAAAUGAAUGCCAACAAAUGCUUGCAGAAUUUCCCACAACCUCCAAGCAAGACCAAAAAUUGAUAGAUUCAAUGCAAGAUGCUACCAGGCCACUUGAAACUGCAAUAAAGUACAGAUUGCACAGGAAAUUGUUCAUAGAGAAAGUCAUCCAAACAUUGGACAUCUAUCAGGAGAGAUUGCUCUUUUGAUCUCAAGUCACUAAAUUGUGUUAUUUUUGUGAAGGAAAUUUUGUGACUUCCAUUGAUUAUACGGACAAUGCUACUGUGUCCAUGAGCUGUAUACUUAGGUUAUCCAUGCUUCUCUUUCUGUGAUC